CACACAUCUAAUAAUCCAAAAUGGCUUUCCAAAAAGAGCAAAAGUCCUCUGCUUACCACUCCCGUUUCCAGACCCCAUUCAGAAGAAGAAGAGAGGGUAAGACCGACUACUACCAAAGAAAGAGAUUGGUUGCCCAACACAAGGCUAAGUACAACACUCCAAAGUACAGACUUGUUGUUAGAAUCACCAACAAGGACAUCAUCUGUCAAAUCGUCUCUUCUCAAAUUGUCGGUGACAUUGUCUUGACUGCUGCUUACUCCCAUGAGUUGCCACGUUACGGUAUCACCCACGGUUUGACCAACUGGUCUGCUGCUUACGCUACCGGUUUGUUGGUUGCCAGAAGAGCUUUGCAAAAGUUGGGUUUGGACGAGACUUACCAAGGUGUUGAGGAAGUUGAGGGUGAGUUCGAGCUCACCGAGGCCGUUGAGGAUGGUCCAAGACCAUUCAAGGUCUUCUUGGAUGUUGGUUUGACCAGAACCACCACCGGUGCCCGUGUCUUCGGUGCCUUGAAGGGUGCCUCUGACGGUGGUUUGUACAUCCCACACUCUCCAAACAGAUUCCCAGGUUGGGAUAUCGAAUCCGAGGAGUUGGAUGCCGACCUUUUGAGAAAGUACAUCUUCGGUGGUCACGUUGCUGAGUACAUGGAGGAGUUGGCUGAUGACGAUGAGGAGAGAUUCAGAACUUUGUUCAAGGGUUACUUGGCUGAUGACAUCGACGCUGAUGCCGUUGAAGACAUCUACACUGAGGCUCACGAGGCUAUCAGAGCUGACCCAGCUUUCAAGCCAUCCGAGAAGAAGUUCACCAAGGAGCAAUACGCUGAGAACUCCAAGAAGUACAGACAAGUUAAGUUGUCCAAGGAGGAGAAGAAGGCUCGUAUCGCUGCUAAGAUUGCUGCUUUCCAAGCUGAGAACUAA